ACAUCAUGGCCCCCGGACGAUAUGCCCUUCGAGCGAACGAGCUUGCUUCCAUGUUGAGCGGGAGCACGCUGACGAUUCCAAACCUGAAAGUCCCGCUGGCCAACUUUGCGAGGGGACAGAGCAAGUACACAGCCGAGAUCCGACGAUGGGUGGACAGACUGGUAGAGGAGAACAUUCAGGAUAGAAGAAAAUGCAUCGGUGUCAAGCGUUGCGACUUUGGCUAUCUUGCCGCAUGUUGCUUCCCCGAUUCAGACUGGGAGCAGCUCAAAGCUGCGGCAGCAUUCCUCGUCUGGAUCUUUACAUGGGACGACAUCAUCGACCACGGAGAGGACAACAGCGGCAUCAUCUCCAACGGAGAACGAGCCCGGGUCUUCUGCCAGCAAUCGCUCGAUUACAUUAGGCACAAGCUCGAAUUGGACGAUUCUCUCGAGGUAGCUGCUGGUCAGCCUGCACCCAGCAUGUCCAUGUUUGAUGAGACCGCUGGACCUUUGAUGGAGGCGAAUUGGAGUCACAGUUUGUGUUUUCCCAUCAAUAGAACGAUACUUUGGCAAUUUCUGACAGCGACUAUCACAGCGCAAACGCGACGGUUGUAUAACGAGAUUGAGCAUUAUGUGAAAUGCUGCCUCAUUGAGCAUCUGCAGCAGGAGGACGACUCCAUUCCCACGCAGGAAGAGUUCACCAACAUGCGCUUCGGAACGUCCGGCAUCACUCCAGGGAUCGCCAUUUGCGAAUUCACCAGGGACAUCUCACUGCCGGACGAGAUUGUCGAUUCCGCGCCCAUGAAGGUCAUAUGGAGGGAGAUUACUCGGCUUUGCAUGAUGAUCAACGACAUUUACUCAUGCCAAAAAGAACUGCGAAGCGGUGUCAUUCAAAACAUCAUCCCCGUCAUCGCCUACUCCAGCGGAACAGACGACAUGGCGACCGUCACCGACGAAUUCAUGGACAUUUUCCAGACCUCGGUAAACACCUUUGAGGAAUCCUUCCAGACCCUCAAGGCGCUCGCGUCGCCCGAUCCCCAGCUUUCAGAGGACAUCCAAAAGUACGUCCAAAACUGCCAGACCAUCACAACGGGGCUGCUGGAAUGGAUGCUUCGCUCGGAGCGGUACGGGGUUGGCAAGCAUCUGCAGGCGGAUGGCUCGGCGCUGGUGCCUCUUGUGUAUGACAGUGGGAAGUUGGCUGCUGGUAAGGCGUAAGUGAAGGGA